GGAGUAAGUUAGGUUAUGUUUGAGAAACUCUAGAUCAAGAUUCAAGCACUUUCAAGUGGUUUAGUUCCACGUUAGUUGAUUAAUUACCAGGAACAUGAUUUUCAAAGUUAUUGUGAAGAACUGUUGUGUUGUUUACCAUCAAAGAAAACGAGAAUUCUGCAAACUGAGAAAAUAUGGCACCAUUUUCACCGGAGCCCUAGCAAUUUUCACCUCCAAACAAACCAUCAACACUGAAGAAUUCAUGGCUCUACCAAUCACCUCUCUAGAACAUCUCUCUUCACAACCAAAUGACAUGAAAACCAAAAUGGAACUGAUGAUCCUGAAAGUACAAAAAGAAUUUUGCGACGCCUUAGAAAAAGAAGACGAUUGCAGCAAAUUCCUGGUGGACCGUUGGCAGAGGAAAGAAGGUGGAGGCGGGAUAACUUGUGUUUUACAGGAUGGACAAGUUUUCGAGAAGGCUGGGGUGAACAUUUCCGUCGUUUCUGGUACUUUGCCUGCGGCGGCAGUGGCCCAGAUGCGGUCUAGAGGGAGAAAAUUGGGGGAGGGACAGCUGCCCUUUUUUGCAGCAGGUAUAAGCGCCGUAAUCCAUCCGGUGAACCCCAUGGUACCCACCAUCCACUUCAACUACAGGUACUUCGAGGUGCGAGACGACGAAGGGACGCAAUGGUGGUUCGGCGGCGGUACCGAUCUGACGCCGUACUAUCUGAACGCCGCGGACGCCGUUCAUUUCCACCAGACGCUCAAGAACGCUUGCGACAAGCACGACAAAACGUACUACGGCAAGUUCAAGAAAUGGUGCGACGAUUAUUUCCAUAUUCCGCACAGGGGGGAAAGGAGGGGGGUCGGGGGGAUUUUUUUCGACGAUUUGGAUAGUCCCGGUAGCGAGGAAUGCUUUGAGUUUGUCACCGAGUGUGCCAAUUCCGUCAUUCCCUCGUAUAUUCCUCUAGUACAAAGGCACAAAACCGCGAAAUACACAAACGUGGAAAGAGAAUGGCAACUGCUGAGAAGAGGGAGAUACGUUGAAUUCAAUUUGAUUUAUGACAGAGGUACCAAGUUUGGUUUGUACACACCCGGAGCAAGAUAUGAGAGUAUACUCAUGUCAUUGCCUCUUCAUGCGAGAUGGGAAUAUAUGCAUGUGCCUAAAGAAAAUACACCGGAGGGAGAACUAUUAGCAGUACUCAGAAAUCCCAAAGAUUGGGUAGAAUAUUCCUGUGAAGACGAAAACAAAACAAGUUGAACAAAAUUGUAUUCGGGAUAUAAUGAUUGUUGUUAAUUAAAAAGAAUAUAUUUUUACUAAUU